AUGGCGCCGGCGGUGCUCGCGCGGCUGCGGCGGCUCCUCCCCGCGGCCCCGCGGCCCGGCUGCGCCCCGCCGCCGUCCCGGGCCGCGCACACGGGCGGUGCUGGAACCUCGCGGACGCGCCGCGACCUCUACGAGGUGCUGGGGGUCCCGUCCACGGCGACGGCGGCGCAGAUCAAGACGGCGUACUAUGAGCAGUCGUUCCGGUACCACCCUGACCGCAAUGCCGGCAGCGCGGCCGCGGCCGCGCGUUUCGCCGCCGUCAGCGAGGCUUACCGGGUGCUCGGCAGCGCCGUGCUGCGCCGCAAGUACGACCGCGGGCUCCUGAGCGCCGAGGAGCUGCGCGACGCGCCCCGGCCCUCGGGCCGUCCCUCCGCCGCCGCCUCGCCGCCGCCCCGCGCCCCCGCCGCCCGCCCGGGGGCCAGCCCAACACCCUUCGACUUCGACGCCUUCUACCGCGCGCACUACGGGGAGCAGCUCCAGCGGGAGCAGCUGCUGCGGGCGCGGCGGGAGCAGCUGCGCCUGCGGCGGGAGGAGUCCGCGGCUCAGGCACGCCUGAGGGUCCUCUCCGAUCUCUCGAUCGGGCUCAUGUUCUUCCUGGGUAUUGCCAUCAUCUACGGCCUCAAGUGACAGCGGGGUGCCCGCGCAGCUCCACAGUGUCACCAGGGGGGUGGCAGCGGGCUGGGGGUGAGCCCUGCACCCGCCCUUGGCUGACACCCUAUGUCUGCUGUUCGGGCUGUGACGUUUCACUCUGCCAGUGUGACCUUCAGGGACGGUGUAUGACCAGCAGGCUUCAUAGGCUGUGACCUGGCCCCUCUGCCAGCGUGACCUUCAGACACAGUGCCCCUGGCUGGCACAGGAUGUGACCUCUGGAUACCCUCUGUGUGCUCAGGUCCACAGACUGGGCUAGCCUGUGCUGUCCACUCAGCAUGACCUUGCAGAGGUGGUGAAGGAACUCUGCAGGCUCUCGAUGUGCCCCCUCAACCAAUACCACCUGCAGGCACAGUGCCUGACAAGUAAACACAGUUCCUGGACUCUGGACUGGGAGGUGUCCCCUCCUUUGGCACAGCUCUGUGACCUUGGUGUGCCCCAGGUGCCUGUUGUGAGCUGCAGCAGAGAUUAAAGGCUGUCAGAGGUGGUGUGUGCUGUGUGUGUUCAGGGCUGUGCUCACUCAUGCUCAGGUAUGGCUCUGGUUUCUGCUGAUCCCAGGCCUGCCACCUCUCUGUUAUCACACCUGCUGGUACUACAUCUCUGGGGAGCUUUUGACAUCCAAACUAUCAGCCUGCUCAGAAUGGCAGAUAUAGAAGUUAGAUUCAGACUUGAAAAAUGAAACUUGAGCCAGAAUAGUGGUGCCUCAUGCCCUGGUCAGUGUGUAACAUUGCCUGGAGGUGCAGGCAAAGCACUUUGGUGUCUGAAGUCCUCUGUCCUGUCUAGGGCCUGCCAGGAACUUUACACAAGCCCCUCCCUCUGAGGCUUUUGGCUGUGGUGCACCUGUGAGCACCAAGUGCUGCUUUCUGUGUUUUACCUGUAUCUGAGCAUCAUUUGCACAAGUGUAUUUGCCUAUUUAAAUACUGAAGUGUUGUUAAGAACUAAAGAUUGUGUUUCUCAGAAACUUUUCUCCUUGGGUGAAGAUUCACCUGUGCUGUGCUGCUGCUACCUGGAGAGAGAGAAGCUUCAUGGCAGUGCCUGAGUGUGCCAAAGACUGUGUGUCACUGGGUUUGCUGUCAGUGGGGUGAGCAGGAGCCCAACCCUUGUUACCUCAGAGCUGGGUUGUGUUUUGUCCCAGCACAAGAAUGUUAAAAAGGAAUGCCCUGUGUUUUCCACUGUGGAUUUCUGUGAUCCUGUUUGGAGCCUGAGGCAAUGUCUGCUGUUGUGCAGGAUUGCUCUCUGCCUGCUCUCAAAAGCCUUGUGUCACUUCCAGCUGCACACUAGAGGCUGCUGCAUGCUUGGAGUAACUCAGCCCAGGGGCAGAGUUGCAGGAUCCUCGCUGGCUGCCAGCCCUUUCCCUUUACCUGUGCUGGAAUGUCAUCAUGGGAGACACAGGAGCCCAGCAUUCACUGGCUACAGAGGGAAAGUUUCUGCAGAUACCUGUAGCUCUGGCACUUGCUGUUGCAUUUUAUUGCUCUUCUUCAUUCUGUAAAACAAAUUACUCAAAAGAUCAGGAGUAGCUUUUUUGGCAGAAUUUGGCAGCAAACACUACUUUCCAGGCUGGAAAAGCUAGUGAUGUCCAUGGGAAGCAGUGGGCACUAGGGAGCACUUCUCUAGCUCCUACCCAAACUGGUGGUUUGGGCAGUUCCUGAUGCUGGUUCUUCCUCAUCAGGUCUCUGUGAUCUAUCUUGAAGAUUAAAGACAUCCAGCCAUAAA